AUGCCCAAAAUCCCAACACCUGCCCGAAAGCCUGCAAUGCCCACUCGAGUCGUUCGCCCAGCGGUGGGAUCGGGUGUCCCCACAACCCAUAUGCACCGCCAAUCGGCCGCGAAAGUUGUUCGCCCCCGCGUUUACGCCCCCGACGUGAGCGAGACGCAACCUAUGGAACCGACGGUGCGAGACACGCGGUCGACGGUGCGAGCCACGCGGUCGACGUCGCGAGAGAAUGACGAUGACGAUGAAUUCGAGAUCGUUCAUGCGAACUGUACCAAAAUGGUUCAGACGGCCAACGAGCGCAACCAACAGCUCAGGACGCAUAUCGCUGCGCAACGGCAGGAGGCCUCGGAGGCUGCACAGAAGUUUGGUGCGGAACGGGCUCAGCUGAACGCAACGAUCCGGCAAGUCGGCCUGGAGAGACACAAAUUGGUAGAUGAACUCCGAAAUGCGAAAGAAGAGAUCCUCAGCCUGCAGCGGCGGCUGGAUGUCGCCGAUGCUGAUGUCCAGAAUCGGAUCACCCGCGAGGAACUCAACAAGACUCUCAAGGAGAUCCACGCGGCCUCGGUUUCCGUGACAAAACAGGUGGCAACGAAGAUCAGCGAGUCUGACAACAUAUACUUUAGUUCCUGCCUGCCUUCCUCGGAUGUGGGUCAAGGCCUCUGGGCCGGCCAGGGCGAGCACUUUGGCCUGCCGGACGAUCCCCUUCUGUCGGCAGACCUGGGCCCUAUGCCUCCCUCGUUAGACCCACAGGAUCUGUCUCAGUUUGAUUCCUAUGUGGCGAUACCUUGA